CACACACCCUCCAACCCACAGGUUUACUACGCUCGUGUCUCCCGGCUUGGUCCCGCAUGCGUGGGUCUGUUCCGGUUGUACAAGUGUGGGCGCGUGUGCGCCCGCUCCCAGACCACUUUGAGGUGUUGGAACCUCUGUCCCCGUGGGCUCCCCAAGAGGUGAAGGGGCAGCCCAAGGUCCAAUCCAUACUAUGAGACACGAGACUGAAAAGGCACCGGCAGCAGCCACGUUCCAAAGAAUUGUAUACAGAAAUCCUUCUGAGCACCAUUACCUGAAAGUCCAGCUGGAGUUUCAAGAGCAGGGACCCCGACUGACUGCUGCCCAGUUCAAGCAACUCAUUGUGGUGGCCUUGAAGGACCUGUUUGGAGAGGUCGGCGCUGCCUUACCCUUUGAUGUCUUGACAUAUGAAGAAAAGACCUUGUCAGCAAUUCUGAGAAUCUGUAGCAGUGGUCUUGUGAAGUUGUGGAGCUCUCUAACACUAUUGGGGUUCUUUCAGAACAAGAAAUGUGCCUUCAGAGUGAUGCAGGUUUCUCCAUUUCUUCUUGCAUUGUCUGGUAAUAGUAGAGAAUUUGUAUUAGAAUAAUAGAAAUUGAAAUUAAAUUCAGUGGAA